UCUAUAUAUAUAUAGCACACAGACAGAACCCCAAUUGACCUGCAGUUCUAGCUAGCAGAAACCACAAGAGGCAUAUAUCAAGUGAAAGUUAUCAUAUCACUUCCUAACUCCUAGAGGCUCAAAUGGAGCGUCUGAGCAAUGUGGUGAGUCUGGUGGAGGCAUUCCGAGCCUUCGAUGCCGACAAUGAUGGGUUAAUUACGGGCGCAGAGCUCGGGGGGAUAAUGGAUUCCCUGGGGUGUGGCAUGAAAGAUCAAGACGUCGAGGCCAUGAUGCAGCAGGCAGACACGAACCGUGACGGUAUGCUGAGCAUGCAGGAGUUCCUGGACAUGAACACCAAGGACAUGCAGCUCGGGGACCUUGCGAUCUCUCUUAGAAACACUCUUGAAGCUUUCGGCGUUGACCGGGAAGGGGUUGUGACGAGAGAGGAGCUGUAUGAAGCGAUGUUGAACUUGGGGGAGUUGUCUCCUGAGGAUUGCCAUGCUAUCGUUGCUUCCAUGGAUGCAGAUGCGGAUGGAGCUGUUAGUCUUGUAGACUUCAGACUAAUACUGAAUUCCCUGCUUUAGAUUUUUCUUUUCUGUGUUUGAAGCAUAGAUUUGGAGUCCAAAUUUGCAUAAUUCCAGACCCACUAUGGUACCUAUUAUGUUCCUCAAUGAUAUAUUAUAUAUAUGAUGUCAAAGGGCUCUGAACAAAUAAUGAAAGCCAAUCAACUUAUGUUUAUAAA